GGCGGAGGGGGCGGGGUUCUCGGUGGAGCCCACUGCGCAUGCGCCCCGCGAUUCAAGAUGGCGGACAGUGCGGAACUAAAGCAAAUGGUGAUGAGCCUCCGGGUGUCGGAACUGCAAGUGCUCUUGGGAUACGCGGGAAGGAACAAGCACGGUCGCAAACACGAACUCCUCACAAAAGCCCUGCAUUUGCUCAAGGCUGGCUGCAGCCCUGCCGUCCAAAUGAAGAUCAAAGAACUCUACCGGCGGCGGUUCCCGCAAAAGAUCAUGACUCCAGUGGAUCUGUCCAUCCCCAGCCUCCACUCAGGCUCCCUCUCGGCCACCUUGUCACCCUCUGCCAUUCCUCAGCUCACCUAUGACGGCCACCCCGCCACUUCACCCCUGCUCCCUGUUUCUCUGCUGGGACCUAAACACGAACUGGAACUGCCUCACCUUACCUCAGCCCUCCAUCCUGUCCAUCCGGAUAUCAAGCUCCAGAGGUUGCCCUUUUACGAUUUGUUGGAUGAACUGAUCAAACCAACCAGUCUAGCAUCCGAUAACAGCCAGCGGUUUCGGGAAACAUGCUUUGCGUUUGCCCUGACUCCACAGCAAGUGCAACAGAUAAGCAGCUCUAUGGACAUUUCCGGAACCAAAUGCGACUUCACAGUGCAGGUCCAGCUAAGGUUUUGCUUAUCGGAAACCAGCUGCCCGCAAGAGGAUCACUUCCCACCAAAUCUUUGCGUGAAAGUUAAUGGAAAACCAUGUAGCCUUCCUGGCUAUCUUCCACCAACUAAAAAUGGGGUUGAACCAAAGCGACCGAGCCGGCCAAUCAACAUCACCUCACUUGUGCGCCUGUCCACAACCGUACCAAACACCAUCGUCGUCUCGUGGACUGCAGAGAUAGGAAGGACCUACUCCAUGGCCGUCUACCUCGUCAAGCAGCUAUCUUCUACGGUGCUGUUGCAGCGGUUGCGAGCGAAAGGCAUCCGAAAUCCUGACCAUUCCAGAGCACUAAUCAAAGAGAAACUAACAGCAGAUCCUGACAGCGAAAUAGCCACAACCAGUCUGCGAGUUUCUCUUCUGUGCCCACUUGGCAAAAUGCGUCUGGCCAUCCCCUGCCGGUCGCUGACCUGUUCCCACCUGCAGUGCUUCGAUGCCACUUUGUACAUUCAGAUGAAUGAGAAGAAACCCACCUGGGUUUGCCCUGUCUGCGACAAAAAGGCCCCCUACGAACACCUCAUCAUUGACGGGCUCUUUAUGGAAAUCCUGAAGUAUUGCACAGAUUGUGAUGAAAUCCAAUUUAAGGAGGAUGGGUCUUGGGCUCCUAUGAGAUGCAAAAAGGAGGCACAAGAGGUGAACACAUCUUUCAAUGGAGUAGAAGGCUGUUUAAGUUCUUCUGUGGAUCAUCAGGUAACAUCUCACCAUUCAAACAAAAACAAGAAAGUUGAGGUGAUUGACUUAACCAUCGAGAGCUCGUCCGACGAAGAGGAGGAGGAGCCAUCUGUCAAGAGGAGCUGCCCAUCCCUCUCGCCGGCCUCCCCCAUUAACAACAAAAGCAUUUUAAGCCUGCCGCACCAAGUCUCCCCUGUUUCGAGAACCCCAAGCCUCCCGGCGGUCGACACAAGUUACAUCAACACCUCGCUUAUCCAAGACUACCGGCACCCCUUCCACAUGACGCCCAUGCCUUACGACCUUCAAGGUUUGGACUUCUUUUCUUUCUUACCAGGAGACAAUCAGCAUUACAGCACUUCCCUGCUGGCGGCAGCAGCAGCAGCAGUGUCUGCCUCGGAGGACCAAGACCUGCUGCACUCCCGCUUCUUUCCCUACGCCUCCUCCCAAAUGUUCCUGGAGCAGCUGAAUGCGGCCGGAGGGGCUGGCCCACUCCCCUCGGCCAAUGGCGGUGGCAGUAACAGCGGCAGCAACAGCAGCCUGGUCUCCUCCUCCAACAACAGCUUGAGAGACAGCCACAGCCACCCGGUCGCCAGUCGCAGCGGUACAGACCCAGCCUCCCUCUUUGGCGUCAUCCCGGACAUUAUCUCCUUGGACUGAGCCCUGGCGUGGUGCCACUGGACUCGAUGGAGCAGAGAGAGAGAGAAUGCUGGACGGUUGCGUUUUUUCUUUCUUUCUUGGUCCUUUUUUUCAGGCAUGGGCAAACUUGGGCUCUCUGCGUGCUUUGCACUCCAACUCCCAGCAUUCCUAACAGCC